AUGACUUCCCCUUCCGAGAUCCUCGCCAAGAUCCCAAUCGAAUCCAAAGAAGCAGAAGAAUACCUUUCCCAAUUUGCAAGUUUGAGCGAGGAGGAGAAGAAAGCUACUCGUCCCGCGGCAAUUGAGAAGCUCUUUCCAUUGGUCUUUGGUGAUAUUGCUGCUAUUGAAAGCUCUGAGAGUUUUGCACAGCUCAAACAGAAACCUUGGUCAACAAACUGCUGGCUCUCUCCCAAGGCAAUCCUAACACCCGAUACACCGGCACAAGUCUCACAAAUCCUCGCCCUUGUGAAAUUCCUGGGCGCCACAUUUUCUAUCCGCGGAGGUGGCCAUUUGCAAAAUCCAGGCUUCACGAGUAACGAUGGCGGGGUGGUUAUCAGCCUAUGCCAUCUGAAGGGCAUCACAAUUGCAGGAGAUAAAAAGACAGCGACGAUUGGAGCUGGCUUGAACUGGUUGGAGGUUUAUAAGGAGCUUCAUGAGCAUGAUUUGACUGUAACGGGUGGGCGAGUACCAAGUGUGGGUGUGCCAGGAUUGCUCCUAGGGGGUGGGUUGAGCUUUCAGAACAGCGAACAUGGAUUUUCGUGUAUGGGUGUUGUCAACUAUGAGGUUGUCCUCUCGGACUCAAAAAUCGUGAAUGCCAGCGCAAAGGAGAACCCGGAUUUGUUCUGGGCGCUCAAAGGAGGAUGUGCCAACUUUGUCUGGGCUGAAGCUCGUCUCUACCCCCCAUCGCAAAACGUAGAGCUUAUCGAAGCCCUAAUGAAGUAUCACGAAGGAAUUGAGAAAGACAACAAAGCAACCCUCAUUUUUCAUGCCACCAGUCAAGCUACUCUGCUUGUUUUCUUUUACACAGCACCAGUCGAUAACCCCGAGGUCUUCAAGCCUUAUUAUGACAUCCCAUUUCUUAUGAAGCUUAUCGAGCCUAGAUGCCGGACUGUUUACGAGGUGAUGCAGGGAAUUGCGAAUGUGCUUCAAGCGGAAACAAUGGCGUGA